AUGUUUGAGCACGGGGUUGUUGACAAGGGGUCCAUCCUCCGCCGCGUGAACUUUGACGACCCCAACAUUAAUGUCGGCCUGCCCGUGUUCACCAUCCACGGCAACCACGACGACCCGGCCGGGGCCGACAACCUGUCGGCGGUGGACCUCGUCAGCAGCUGCGGCCUCGUCAACUACUUUGGGAAAGUGCUGCUCUCCGGCUCCAGCAUCGGCCGCAUCACGCUGGCGCCAAUCCUCAUGCAGAAGGGUGAUACCAAGCUGGCGCUGUAUGGGCUGGGCAACGAGCGCCACCUGCCGCCGUUUUUGGACCUAGUGGUGUGGGGCCACGAGCACGAGUGCAAGGCGGACACGCAGGCGCGCGCGCGCGCGUGCGCGCGCUGCUUCGCAUGGGCGCGGGGCGCAGGGAGGCCGAUUGAGGUGGGGGACGCCGACCGCUUUGGCGCGCGCGGCCGCAGCGACCGAGACGGCUAUGUCAUCCAGCCCGGCUCCACGGUGGCCACCGCCCUCAGCGAGGGUGCGCUGUGGGGCCUCACCACAUCCCCGCCGGACGAUCUGAUCUGA